UGUGUGUGUGUGUGUGUUUGGGGCUGGUCAAAGGUGAGAUCUAGCUUGUGUGUCAGUGCUCGUCCUCAAAUAGAGUCCUUCUUCCGUUUCUUCUUCUCUGGUUGUGAACUCACUGAGCAGUCGAUGAGAGUCAGAAUCAAAUCCUUCUUCAUCUGGUCGCGAUCCGCUGACUGGCCUCGUCACUUCUCCUUCACUGGACGUCGACCUCCACGCUGAUGAUUAACUGGAUUUUAAUUCAGGCUUGUUUCACAACUCUGAUCAGAAACUGAUGAGAAUCUCACACAACAAAGCUACAGCUGUGAACAUCUGGACAUCAGAUGAAUAUGUCAACUGCACCCGUGGUCAUCUGGACAGAAGAACAUCUGUGAACCCAUAGAACAUAAACCAACAUCUGGACAGUGGAAUCAGGUGAAUGGACCAGAUGUUUGGUGAGGUAGCAGAACAACGUGUGGACGUCACACAGUUGACCUGAACAGUAGAAAACCAGUGGAACCUGGACGGAGCGAGGGAUGGGAGGAGCAGGGUGCAAGGAGGUGAAGGAGGAGAAGAGAAGCUCGGGGGGGGAGGACAGUCUGUCGUCCGCCGACAGAAUCAGACGAUUUAUCAUCAAACAGUUUGGAUACAACGUCCUGAGUCUGGCUCGACGAGGACUGAAGGACGUCCCAGAGGAAUUGUGGGAGCUGUUGGAGCUGGAGAAGUUGAACUUGUCUCUGAACAGUCUGAAGGUUCUUCCUCCUCAUCUCGCUCGGCUCUCAAACCUGGUGGUUCUCAACCUGUGGGGCAACCAGUUGAGCAGUCUGCCGUCAGAGAUCGGUCAGUUGAGGAGACUCCGAGUUUUAUUCGUCUACAGAAACAGACUCACUGAAGUUCCUGAGGAGCUGGGAGCGUGUACACAACUGGAGGUGCUGAGUCUAGCCAACAACCAGCUGUCCUCUCUGCCGGCGUCUCUGUCCAACCUGACCCGCCUCAGGAAGCUCAACCUCAGCCACAACCACAUGGCUCACAUCCCGGGCUGUGUCUACAACAUGAAGGCCCUGGUGUUCCUACAUCUGGCCUGUAACCAUCUGGAGAACCUGGCGGAGAACAUCCAGGCUCUGGUGGAACUAAAGAUCCUCAUUGUGGAAGGAAACAGCCUCCACUCCCUGCCGAAGGCCCUCUGCUGCCUGACCAGGUUGGAGCUUCUGAAUCUGGACUUUAACGACAUUAAAGAUGUUCCACAGUCUCAUAUUCUCAGGUCCCAGUUUGUCUCUUAGUCUUCAACCAGGUGAGACGUCCUCUGUCCUUCAACAAGAGUCAAACUACUGAGACCUUCAACAGGUGGAGAAGGUGGAGACCUCAGAGACACAUGUGAGGACCCGUCUCCAGGACGGACACUAGUCAACAGAUGUCCUGUGUCUCAGAGGACAUCAGAAAGUCUUUACAGCUUUGAUUAGAGUAAACCCUUUGAAGCAGAACUGAAGGUCACUGACCUGAUGGAUUAUUGUCAGUGAUGGUCGAGUCUCUGAGGAGAAAUAUUAAAUAUCAAUCCGUCUAAUGUGAUCAUAGUCCACGAUCAGGAUCCAGCAUCGCCCACAGUCAUGUCCACUGCCACCAUCGAGAUCCACCAUCUGCUGCCACCUCGAUCAUGGUCCACCACCACUAUCAAGGGCCAACAUGAUAUGAUGAUAAUGAUGAUGAUGAUGAUGAUGAUGAUGAUGAUGAAGGUGAUGAUGAUGAUGAUGAUGAUGAUGAAGGUGAUGAUGAUGAUGAUGAUGAAGGUGUUGUGUUCAGGAGAUGCACCAGUUGUGUCGUCUGGAGAAGUUGGCGUGUCAUCCUCUGGAUAAAGGUCUUCACAUCGUCCACAAUCCGCUGCUGAAGCCGGUGAAGGAGGUU